AUGCGUUUCACAACUGCGUUCACUGCGAGUGCGCUCGCUGCAUUGGCCCACGCUCAAACCUUCACGACCUGCAACCCCAUGAAGAAGGAUUGCCCCAAUGAUCCCGCCAUGCCUGCCAAAUUCGACACCGAUUUCAGGAAGGGUGCUGAGAGCAUUCGAGGCUGGAAGCAGACUGCCGGAUCUUUGAAGUACACCUCCGAGGGUGCUCAAUUCACCGUCGCCAAGCAGGGCGAAGCUCCUACCAUCCAGUCCGAGGGAUAUCUCCACUUCGGUUACAUCGAGGUCAAAUGCAAGGCCGCCGCAGGCCAGGGUAUCGUCUCAUCCAUCGUUGUGCAAUCCGAGGACCUGGACGAGGUCGACUGGGAGUUCCUGGGCGGAUUCGACAACAAGGUUCAGAUGAACUAUUUCGGAAAGGGUAACACCACCACGUACGAUCGCAUGAUCGAGGCACCUGUUACCCAACCCCAGGAAGUCAUGCACACGUAUGCUCUCAAUUGGACCGCAGAGGCCCUAGUCUGGAUUAUCGAUGGGGUAGAGGUCCGCACUCUUCCGUUCGCCGAAGCCAAUGGGGGCAAGAACUUUCCUCAAACCCCCAGCACGGUCCGAAUCGGCAUCUGGGCUGGUGGAGAUCCGAACAACGAGAAAGGUGUCAUUGAGUGGGCUGGCGGCGAGACCGAUUACACAAAGGCACCCUUCACGAUGACUGUGGAGAGUGUCAAGGUUACCAAUUACUCUCCUGGUAAGGAGUACGAGUGGACUGAUCGCAGUGGAAGCCAUGAAAGCAUUAAGGUCAUCGAGCCUGGUAAUCAGGCUGGUGCUCCCCAGAAUACGGUCAUUCUAGAACCAACUGCUUCUGCUACUCAAGGUGGCCUUCAGUCCGGCAUCAACGUCCCCAGUGGCACUCUCCCAGCGACUACUGGGGCUCCGUUCCCCACCGGCAACGGCACGUCUCCUUGUGACUGCGGUGUCGCUACCGUCACCAUCACUGGCAGUUCUCCCCCACCAGAGAGUCCCACCUUCAUCCCUCCUCCUGGUACCACAGUUCCUGUCCCCACUACCGGCUUGAUCGUUGAGACCAGCCCGGCUCCAAGCGUCCCUGCCCCAUCUGCUCCGUCUGCUCCAUCUGGCCUUCUUCCUGUUCCCUCAGGCAACGCCACUGUGAGCGCACCUCCUGCCGAGUUCACUGGUGCUGCCACCUCUAACAAGGCUGGCGCCCUCGUGGCCGUUGUCGCUGGUGCCGUUCUGUUCGCUUUCUAA